UCCUGCAGGCAGCAUUCCGGGUGGAGAGAGAGAGAGAGAGAGAGAGAGAGAGAGAGUGGAGAGAAAGAGAAAGACAGACGAGAUCUGAAGCCGUAGAGACUGUCUAUUUACACCAAGAAAUACGAGCUGUUUGUCCACAACCAGCCGCGGCGUUUACAGCAGGAUAUGGGCUCUCCAGGGCAGAUCCCGGGACAACACAUGGAACUCUAAGCUAGCCCUCUCCAUCCAUCUCCAUUUGCUGCCUUGCUCGCUGCACGCUGCUCGCCAAAACCACCUCUCCUACCCCUGGUAUAGCGGUUUGGCUCCGACUCCUCUUAAGAGAAGGAGAGAAGAAAACCCAAGUGGGAGGGAGUAGUAAAACUUUCCCCAGCUGCUGUCCAGACACACACAUGCUGCAUUGCUGCCAUUCCCCAAGCCCUGCUCUGCUCCAUCCAUCCCUAGGGCACGGCCACUAGCUCGCUAGCUACAGCUAGCACUUGGCACAAAGACGAGGCCUUGUCCUCUGGGAUAAAAAUACAAGCAGAACUGUGUACACUUGCCUUCUUUUUCUUUUUUCUCCCUUUUUUCCGGGUCACCCAGCCAAACACUCAUUAACUGGGGCUCCUUUUGUUUAGCUGUCACUCCCGCUGCUUUGAGCAGUGGAGGCUUGCUAGUAGCCAGUCAGUCAGUCAGUCAGACAUUCAGCCAGGCAGACUGAGGAAGCCAGAGGGGUCGGUUAUCAGAGACCAGGAUGACGGAGCCCAGCAUGGAGAACUGCCUGGCCCAGGUCCUGCAGAAGGACAUGGGCCGCCGGCUGCAGGUGGGGCAGGAGAUCAUUGAUUACAUUUUGGACAAGGAGAAGUCCCCCGACCUGGAGCAGGAUCAGACGGCACUGGACAAGAUGGUCGACGGCAUCGCCAGCUCCUGGGUCAACUGCAGCAACUUCAAGGUGGCUCUGCUCGGCUUGGACCUCUUAUCUGCCUUAGUGACAAGGUUACAGGAGAGAUUUAAGGCCCAGGUGGGAACAGUUCUGCCCAGCCUUAUUGAUCGAUUGGGAGAUUCUAAGGACCAAGUGCGAGAACAAGACCAAACAGUGCUGCUAAAGAUCAUGGAACAAUCUGCCACCCCGCAGUAUGUGUGGGACAGAAUGCUGGCAGGCUUCAAACACAAGAACAACAGGACCAGAGAAGGAGUGUGCCUUUGCCUCAUCGCCACGCUGAGCACACACGGAGCUCAAGGCCUGACCCUCAGUAAAAUUGUUCCCCACAUAUGUAACCUCCUGGGGGACCCCACUAGUCAGGUACGUGACGGAGCUAUGAGCUGCUUGGUGGAGAUCUACAAACAUGUGGGUGAGAGGGUGAGAAUGGAUCUCAGCAAAAAAGGCCUGCCACAGUCACGGUUGAAUGUAAUCUUCAGCAAAUUUGAUGAAGUCCAAAGAUCCGGGAACAUGAUCUCAUCCUCUGGCUCAGAUAAGAACUUUGAGGAUGAAGACUCUGUGGAUGGAGGCCGGUCCUCCUCCUCGUCAUCAUCCAAAGCACCCCCCAGUGGCAGGAGGACUGUAGUGAGCUCUGUUAGAAGACCCAGCUCAGCCACCACAACUAAGGCCACAAGUAAAGAAGCAGCUGCCGGUGCUGUUGAUGAAGAGGAUUUCAUCAAAUCCUUUGAAGAUGUGCCCUCAGUCCAGAUCUACUCUAACAGAGAUCUAGAGGACCAGCUGUCCAAGAUCAGAGAAGUGCUGUCUGAUGACAAACAUGACUGGGAGCACCGAGUGGUAGCGCUGAAGAAGGUUCGUUCUCUCAUGCUGGCCGGGGCAACUGAGUAUGAGGGUUUCCCUCAGCAGCUGCGUCUCCUGGAGGCCUCCCUCAAGAUGUCAGCUAAAGACCUGCGCUCACAGGUGGUCCGCGAGGCCUGCAUCACACUGGGACAUUUGUCAUCAAUACUGGGUAACAAGUUUGACCACGGAGCGGAGAGCAUCAUGCCCACACUGCUGAACCUUGUGCCCAACAGUGCUAAAAUCAUGGCCACGUCUGGAGUGGCCGUCAUCCGCCUCAUCCUCAGGCGCACACACUACCCACGUCUCAUCCCCAUCAUCACCAGUAACUGCACCUGCAAAUCAGUAGCAGUCAGACGACGCUGUUAUGAGUUCCUAGACCUCAUGCUACAAGAGUGGCACACCAAUACACUGGAAAGACAUGUGGCUGUUCUGACUGAGACCAUCAAAAAAGGCAUACACGAUGCUGACUCUGAGGCCAGAUCCAUUGCAAGAAAGUGCUAUUGGGGUUUCCAUGGCCACUACAGCCGGGAGGCAGAGCAUCUGUUCCAGGCGCUGGAGUCCACCUAUCAGAAAGCCCUCCAGUCUCACCUGAAGAGCUCUGACAGCAUCGUGUCUCUACCCCAGUCUGACCGCUCCUCCUCGUCCUCCCAGGAGAGUCUGAACCGGCCAUUGUCUGUGAAGAGUGUCAUCGGAGGGAGCAUAACAAGGAGUAAGCUGGUGAGCACCAGGGUGUCGCCCUCAUCUGGAUCUCUCCAGCGUUCCCGUAGUGACAUCGAUGUAAACGCCGCCUCCAGCGCCAAGUCCCGUCUGUCCACCGUCCCUGCCUCCUCGCCAUUCAGCUCUGCGGCUGCCCUUCCCCCAGGGUCCUACGCCUCAUUAGAUGGCACUCCUGGUAAAAGUGAUGGUCGUGUUCGUACCAGGAGACAAAGCUCGGGCAGCGUGGCCGGAGGAGCCAGUACCUCAGUGGUGGACAGUAGGGGGCGCAGCCGAGCCAAAGUGGUCUCUCAGUCCCAGCGAUCCAGAUCAGCCAAUCCCAUCAAUGCCGGCAGUCGCUCCAGCUCCCCGGGCAAGCUGCUCGGCCACAGCAGCUACGGCCGGAUCCCUCGAGCCACGGUGUCGGCCUCCACCACGCCAGCAGACAAGCGCACCAGGAUCCCUCGCAGCCAGGGCUGCAGCCGUGAGACCAGCCCCAGCAGACUGGGCCUCGCCAGGCUGUGUGGUAAAGCUCUUCUUCCUGCUGCUCUUCCCUACCGCACGCUAGCCCGGAGCCGCAUUCCCCGUCCCAGCAUGAGUCAGGGUUGCAGUCGCGACACCAGUCGCGAGAGCAGCCGCGACACCAGCCCUGCUCGGGGCUUCACUCCUCUGGCCUCCCGACGUCACUCCCGUUCAACCAGCGCUCUCUCCACAGCCGACCCCCACGGCCAGUCAGACCGAUAUGGUUUGAUUCACCAAGCGAGGAUCUCUGCAUCAGUCAACGCCAUGAGGGUCCUAAACACUGGCACAGAGGUGGAGGCAGCAGUUGCUGAUGCUCUGCUAUUAGGAGACUCCAGGAAUAAGAGGAAGCCGUUGAGACGGAGGUACGAAUCACCUGGGAUGUACUCUGAUGACGACGCCAACAGUGAUGCGUCCAGCGCUUGCUCAGAGCGCUCAUAUGGCUCCAGGAACGGAGGCAUCCCCCAUUACCUGCGCCAGACGGAGGAUGUGGCGGAGGUCCUGAACCACUGCGCCAGCUCCAACUGGUCAGAGAGGAAGGAGGGCCUGCUGGGUCUGCAGAAUCUCCUCAAGAGCCAAAGAAUACUGAGUCGAGUGGAGCUGAAAAGACUUUGCGAGAUCUUCACAAGGAUGUUUGCAGAUCCACAUAGCAAGAGAGUGUUCAGCAUGUUCCUGGAAACUCUCGUGGACUUCGUCACAGUACACAGGGAGGACCUGCAGGACUGGCUUUUUGUCCUGCUCACUCAGCUGCUGAAGAAGAUGGGGGCAGAUCUGCUGGGCUCAGUCCAGGCCAAAGUCCAGAAGGCCCUGGAUAUCACAAGGGACUCCUUCCCAUUCGACCAACAGUUCAACAUUCUGAUGAGGUUCAUCGUCGAUCAGACUCAGACACCUAAUCUGAAGGUUAAGGUGGCCAUUUUGAAGUACAUCGAGUGCCUGGCUCGGCAGAUGGACCCGACGGACUUUGUCAACUCCAGCGAGACGCGCCUGGCCGUAUCUCGCAUCAUCACCUGGACCACUGAACCCAAAAGUUCUGAUGUCAGGAAGACCCUUCAUAACUGGGUGAGCGAGGAGCUAGCUGGCAGGUCCAGUACUGCAGCCUUACUGUCCGCUGAGGGCAACCAGGAAGAAAGGUGUAAGCAGGCCGCCCAGGUGGUGCUGAUCGCUUUGUUUGAGCUCAACACCCCAGAGUUCACCAUGCUGCUGGGAGCUCUCCCCAAAACCUUCCAGGACGGAGCAACCAAACUACUGCACAACCACCUGAAGAACUCCAGCAACACCAGCGGCAGCGUGGGGUCUCCGAGCAACACCAUCGGCCGGACGCCAACACGCCACACCCCCAGCAGAACCAGCCCCCUCACCUCUCCAACAAACUGUUCCCACGGAGGACUGUCACCAAGUCGGUUAUGGGGUUGGGGUGUCGACGGACUGUCAAAGCAAUCCCCCGCCCCUCCUCCUCCUCCUCCUCAGCCCCACUCCACCCCUGCUGCCCCCUCCCUAAGGGUCCUCCGCAGAGCAUAUUCACCCAGCAUGAUGGAGUACGACACCGAGAACAUGAAUUCGGAAGAGAUCUACAGCUCGCUGCGCGGCGUCACCGAGGCCAUCCAAAGCUUCAGCUACCGGAGCCAGGAGGACCUGAAUGAGCCAAUCAGACAGGAGGGCAAGAGGGACGAUGCCGCAGGAAGAGAGGGCGUAGCGUCCUCUCCUGGCUCUGACGCCCGCCUCGGCUUAGACAUGGUGGAAGGGGGUCGCACCGCCUUAGACAACAAGACCUCGCUACUCAACACGCCGUCGCCUCGCUCCUUCUCUGGGCCACGGGGCCGAGAGUUCGCUCCUUACGGCUACGGAGAAACCAUCUGCACGUAUGACAAGAGCGCCCUGAAGGAGGCCGUGUUUGACGAUGACGUGGAGCAGUUCCGCGACUGCCGACGUCAGGAAAGUGGUGAAAACAAGAUGACGCUCCCCAAGGUCUUUGGUCCUGCAGUUGGUCAGGACCACUCAGACCUGGUGGCCGACCUGCUGAAGGAACUGUCCAAUCACAACGAGCGUUCUGAGGAGCGUAAAGGCGCCUUGGUGGAGUUGCUGAAGAUCACACGAGAAGACAGUCUGGCUGUGUGGGAUGAACACUUUAAAACCAUCCUCCUCCUCCUGCUGGAGACACUGGGUGAUAAAGAUCACACCAUCCGAGCCCUGGCCCUGCGUUUGCUGAAAGAAAUUCUGAGGAACCAGCCGGCCCGCUUCAAAAACUACGCUGAGCUAACCAUCAUGAAGACCCUAGAGGCUCACAAGGACUCUCACAAGGAGGUGGUGCGUGCAGCCGAGGAGGCGGCGUCCACCCUGGCCGGCUCCAUCCACCCAGAGCAGUGCAUCAAGGUGCUGUGCCCUAUUGUGCAGACGGCCGACUACCCCAUCAACCUGGCCGCCAUCAAGAUGCAGACCAAAGUCAUUGAACGCAUCGCUAAGGACUCCUUACUGCAGCUGCUGCCUGACAUCAUCCCUGGACUCCUACAGGGCUAUGACAACACAGAGAGCAGCGUUCGCAAGGCCAGCGUGUUCUGUCUCGUGGCUAUCUACUCUGUGAUUGGCGAGGAUCUCAAACCCCACCUGGCACAGCUCACGGGCAGCAAGAUGAAGUUACUGAACCUGUACAUCAAGCGAGCCCAGACGACCAACAGCAAUAGCAGCAGUUCCUCGGACGUCUCCUCUCACAGUUAAUGGAGGGAGGUUUCUUUGGGGAAACCCUGUGGAUGGACGGCGUUGGAGGAUAUCCAGCCGGGCUUCUUUCCGACUUCUCCAUCUCCGAGCUUCCCCUCCUCCUCCUCAUCAUCAUCAUAACUCCAGCUCCUCUGUGCUUUCCUCCCGUUUUGAGGAGAUCCUGUCAGCAAACCUAUUUGUCAUUUAGUUCCUCCUCCCCACCUUUCGCUCUAGAAUCUUUUUGAAUGUAACUGUGGAUUGGUUUAGACCGGUGGGGAGGGACUCAACACAUUUGGAGUUUUUUUUCGAUUAAAAUGCACUUUCUCUUCCUCCACGGUUCCCACAACCUCCAAACGGCCUUCCGUCUAUGGAAGCACGUUUCUCCUCGAGCCCUCAAAUUUGGUAGAUUAAAGAGUUCAUACGUGAUGCCAUGAAAUAUUCACGAUCAGAGUGGAGAAAUUUCUGUCGGAUUAGACUAGAGUUUGGGAUGAAAUGUCAUUUGGCUGGCCCAGUGAUGGUAAUAAGCCCAUAGGUUAUGGGAUGAAUCCUGGUUUGGGGAAACAUAAAAACCAAAUCUUGUAAGAAAAAAAAAAAGAAACAAAUGUGUAAAGGAACAAUGUGACAGAAAAGAAAGAAAGUACUGUAUGAGAAUUUUUAGUUUUUGAGCAUAAUCAUGGCUCCUAAAAGCCUGUGAUUGUAGUCUUUGUUAUGCUAACUUGUAAUUAAGAGUGACUCAAUCAAUUGAAUCCCCCCUUUCACAAAAACGUUGCCAAAAGAUGACUGUUAAGCUACAGAAUUGACAAUCCUUCAAAUUUAGCGCAGUCUGUAUUUUAAAGGUGCAGUAGAUGAAAUUGCUGCACAAAUUCAAGUUGGCUGAAUUCGUCUUAAAAAUUCACAAUCAGCAGACGGUAGAAUUUGAGCCUGUGGAAAGUUGUGUUGCCUGUAAUUCCUCACUGAACUUUCUGAACAUAAGUUUGAAAACAGUGUUUUGUUUUUUUUGUCCUUUCACAAACGGUUGCCUAUUGGUUGCCAGUGUGUGGCAUCUUAACUGUAAAUCUCUGAGGUUAAUGCUCAGUCCAGUGACACUUUGAGAGGGAGUCCUUUUGUAAAUACAGCAGAUGUUUUCCCCGCUUGGAGUUUGGGGAGAGAGACGAGCGAUCCUAGACAGACAGUCAAAAAGACAUUACCAGGCCUUAUUUACUUCACACAUACACACUAAUGCUGGUUGACAGGGACCGCGGAGAGUGAAUGGGAUGUACAGCGCUAACUGUAACUCUCAAAAAACUGUGAAUCUGCAGGCGUAAACGUACCCCGGCAGUGUUCUCGUCGACCCGUGACGAUGCAAAUCCAGUAUUAGACGUUUCCUCUGAUCUCCUUCAGUUUCCCCGUCACGUAACCGCAGCAGCUUCUGCAAUAACCGUAAAAACCCAACAAAUAACGGUAUUUUGUACAUACACUUUUCGACCACUGCUUCGCAAAGUUUUACAUAAUGUCAAUGAAAAAAAAAAAAAGAUGAUAAGUGAAGAACGGGUUGACUAUCUGAUUUUUGUUUUCGCAUAUUAGCCAAAUAGCUUGCAUGUAACCUGCAGCACACGCCAACUUGCUGUUUUGAAAGGGCCCAUGUUUUUUGGCUGUUAAAGUGCACUUGUGACAUCAUCAGAUUGCUCAUCUCUGAUUUCAUGUUUCAGUAGAGGAGGGGGGGUAGCCACAUUAGCCACACUCAUAUGUAAAAGGAACAAAAUGGAGAUGACAAUUGUUGACCAAAACGUGUUUGGUAUAUUUAAGCUGGUUGAGAGAAGUAUGAAGAAAUCAUACCUCUGGGCUGCAAUUUUUUUAUUUCAGUGUUAAGUUUGAGUUCUCAAGAAGCUUUAAAGUGUUUGAUCUUGCAGCGACAUCUCUCUUUUAAGUUGAUAGUUUACUCCUACAGUAAGAGAUCCGAGUCCAGCCAUGGGUCCCUGAUUGGGAAAGGUUCCCCCCCCCACAUCUGAUCGCAUUUGUUAUUAUCGGAUAUGAUUUUGGUUCAUCACGGUACAGUUAAUCUACUGUAGGAAGGGAUCAUUAUGCCUUUUAAAUUCCGUUAUCUCAUUUGCUAACUUCUAGCAAAUGAAUCAUAAUAAUAAGGAAAUAAGAAGUAUUCCUGAUUUCGCCUGGGGACAUCCGGAGUCCUUGGAUGGACAAUUUAGGGACUCACUGUUUUAGUUGAGUGGUGUUUUCAUUCAGGGAAUCCACUGAGAGUGGGCCAAUUUUGGUUAUUUAAGUAAAUGAAUGUACAGACUUAAUAAUAUGUGUUAUAAUUAGCUUUUUAAGUAUUGGUACUGAAAAAUGAUUCUCGGCAACAUGCAGCCCUGUACACUCUGUAAUAUGCCUGUCUGCACUCUACCUUACCUUCCUUUCUCCUGAAUUCCCUCAGCAGUUUUAAUCAGCCUGGUUUAGUUUUAAGCCAAUUAAAAGCAAAUCCACACAAGACAUAAUAACGGGAAACUAGCAUAUGUUAUUACAUUACUGGUCCUAGAAAAACAGACUACAUGGUAUUCCUUGCAAAACUGUUCACUAUGCAUGUUCAACAGUACACUGUCUUUCCUUUGUCUCCCUGUAAUAUUCAUACCUGUAUUUAUAUAUUUUAUUUUAUUUUAUUUUGUUCUCUCAUGACAAAACUGUACAGAAGGUUUUUUGUUAAAACUUCCACCUGUGAUAGAUUUGCAACAAUGUAAAGAAAUUGUUUGCUCUAGAAAUAAACAGAUUAAGAACUGA